AUGCAUUCCAACGUCUAUGCUGGGCUGCUCUGCGCCCUGGCUGGCCAGUCUAUGGCAGUGGUCUGGGAGAGCUUGGCUGGAGGUGUCCCAAGCACCUGGUCGCUUGUUGAGAAGCCCUCUGCCGACUCGACCAUGGCCCUGUCAAUUGCUCUGAGCCGUCAGAACCUUGACCAGCUGGAGUCAAAGCUCACGGAGGUUUCGACUCCUGGCCAGGGCUCAUACGGGCAGUGGCUCAGCAAGGAUGAUAUCGACACACACUUCCCUAUUGUCGAUGAUACCCUAGUCACGAACUGGCUGAAGAGCGCCGGCAUUUCUAACAUUGCUCGCGACGGUGCUGUUCUCAACUUCACUGGUACUGUUGAGACCGUCAACAAGCUGCUUGACACAACCUUUGGGUACUACCAGAGUGGUGAUUCCGUCAAACUGCGCACGACCGAGUAUUCUAUCCCGAGCGACUUGACCGACCUUAUCGAUGUCAUCUCGCCCACUGUCUUCUUCGGUAAGACUCGUGGAGCUGCCCCUGCAUCGUCCAAGUCUCGGAUGGUCCAGGCUCGCAAGGCCUCGUCUACUGAGGUCUCUGCCUCUUGCCAGACUUCCAUCACCCCGUCGUGUUUGAAGGAGAUGUACAAUGUUGGCGACUAUGUCCCUGAGCCCUCGGCUGGUAGUCGCAUUGCGUUCGGUAGCUUCCUGAACCAGUCUGCUUCUUACUCCGACCUGGCACAGUAUGAGCAACUGUUCGAUAUUCCUUCCCAGACUUUCACUGUGGAGCUCCUCAACGGCGGUGUGAACAACCAGAGUGCUAGCGAGUCGGAUGUUGGCGAGGCCAAUCUGGAUGUACAACUGAUCGUCGCUGUUGCCCACCCGCUCCCUGUGCACGAGUUCAUCACUGGCGGUGUUGCUCCUUUCAUCCCCGACGCCGAUGAGCCUACCGCAUCCGAUGACGAGAACGAGCCAUACCUGAUCUACUAUGAGUACUUGCUCUCGAAGGACAUCUCCGAGAUUCCCCAGGUCAUCUCCAACUCAUAUGGCGAUGAUGAGCAGACCGUUCCUGAGAAAUAUGCUCGCCGCGUUUGCAACCUGAUCGGUCUGAACACCCUCCGUGGACUCACUAUCCUCCACUCCUCCGGUGACGAGGGUGUUGGUUCGGCCUGCCAGGCGAGCGACGGUGUUACUCCCCAGUUCAACCCCAUCUUCCCUGCAACUUGCCCCUACGUGACUUCAGUUGGAGGCACCUCCGACGUGAGCCCCGAAGUUGCAUGGAACGCCUCCUCUGGCGGUUUCUCCAACUACUUCUCUCGCGCCUGGUACCAGUACUCUGCCAUCGAGGACUAUCUGGACCAAGUCAGCGAUGAGACCAAGGAAUACUACGGCAAGUAUGCCGACUUUGAGGGCCGUGGAUUCCCCGAUGUUUCUGCCCACAGCUUGUAUCCCGACUAUGAGGUGAUCUACACCGGCAAGAAGGCUCGCUCGGGUGGUACUUCUGCUGCCGCCCCUGUUUUCGCUGGUAUCGUCGGUCUUCUGAACGAUGCUCGCCUGCGUGCCGGCAAGUCGCCCCUGGGUUUCUUGAACCCCUUCUUGUAUUCACUGGGAUACAAGGCCCUGAACGAUAUCACUGGUGGAAGCUCCUACGGCUGCGGUGGUAUUGACCCUCAAAGCGACCAGGCUGUCAAUGGCAGUCUGGUUAUUCCCGGUGCUCACUGGAAUGCCACUGAGGGUUGGGAUCCAGUUACUGGCCUGGGAACUCCCAACUUCCAGAAGUUGAAGGAACUCGUCCUGUCGCUGUAG